CUCUGUGAGGCUGCAGUCAUGUGCAUACUCAUCUGGGAGUAAGCCCUGUUGAACAUAUGAGCUCUGUUGAACAUGGUGGGAAUUACAUCUGAGUAAAUAUGCAUAGCGUCACGUUGUAAAGCAAGCAGGGAUGAACGGAUCAGUUUAUUUCUGGUGCAUAUCAAUUUUGUGUGCUAAUUCAUAAGUCAGUUCUGUCCCAUUUUUGCAUUCUGCAGCUUUUUGCCAUCUGCAAAUUUCAUAUUUAAAUAUGCGUUUUAUAUUGGUUAUCCUAAAGUGUUUGUUUAUCCAAGUGUUUAUAUACGGCUCUCUUGCAGAACAUCAGGGCAGCAUAUAGCAAUACAAAGACCUUUAAAAGCAAUCAUUAAAAUUUGCUUAGGUCGCUAGUAUUUUUAAACCACUGCAUAGGACUAUUAGCAACCCCCGUCCCCUCCCCUGCACAGAGAACAUUGGACUGUAUGGAACUUAAUUAUUCUCAUGGUAGACCUAUUGAGAUUGAUAGACCCAAGUUAGUCAUGUCAGUUAUUUUGAAUGGGUGUCCUCUGAGUAGGGCUAACAUUAGAUGAAAUGACAUUUGAAGAAAUACGAAAUCUAAAUGAAAACUUCAUUCCAAUCACACAGUAUUCUGGAAGGUGAGGAUCAGGUAUGUUCACAUUCCUUAAAGCAAGUAACUGGGAAAUUAGAUGAGCGAAGCAAACGUAGGGAUACAGAAUUGGUGAAAGUUAUAAUAGGUACUGCUUCUUCUCUCCAGCUCCUCUCCUGUCAAUGGAAGUAGUCAGUGACUACGUUGAUUGGGAUAUUGAUCAUGCGGGCUUUGUCCAGAAAAAUUACUUUACAGGCUGCCACCUUUUUAACAGGAGAUGCCUGGACUUGAAUCUCUUGUGUGCAAAACCAUGCGAUUUAAACCUUGGGCUAUGGCCCUUCUUACCUCAAAACCAGCUUUUAAAAUAUGCACUCCCCCUUUUUUCCCAGCUCAGUGUGGGUGUCACAAAAUCUUCACACAAAGAAGAAAGCAAAAAAAAAAAAAAGGAGGGCGAGGGGGUUUCGGUGGAGAGAGAAGACUACAGCUGCGUACGCCAAAGGAUGGGGUAUUGUUGGUGAAACCCAUCUGAGUAAUAGCUAGGGAAACAGGGCAAGUUGCUUUCCUGCAUUCACAUUUAGGAAAAUUAGGGUUUUCAGUAAGAUAGAAUAUUAGCAUAUUCCCCCACAGGAAGGUUGUACAGGAAAACAGGAAGCAGGUGGUAAUUACUGAUAAUGGGAUAAUUGUUGUAUUGUGUGAUCUCUACCCCUCUCCUGCCAUUUUGCUUUAGGAGCUCCCCAGAAAGAUAGUUUUAAGCAUGUUGUAUCUAAGCAACACUGCAAGCGGGGCCAUCUUUUGUUUGCCUUUUGCAAUGACCUGGGAAUGGGAUUUGCUAGCAUUUCACGUUUGCUUUACGUCCAUCUAGGACAUCCGCAGAAUGGGAAACAAUGAUUCUAUCACUUUUAUUCUUUCCUUCUUUAAACAAAACAUAGUUUGCAAUAUAGCUGUUCUAGUUUGCACGUGACACUUCUAAUUUGCAUAGAAUUUGCAUGACACUACUGUACCUAUUUUACAGAUGGGGACCAGAAUCAUUUCAGAAAGCAGCCACAGAUUUCCAGUGGGGACAUCACAUGAAUCUUUCCCCUGGGAUUGGAGCUCAUUCUGUGGUUCGACGUCACUCAACUGGCCCUGACCGUCCCACUGAAUCAUUUAAAUGUUAACAUAGCCACAUGGAAGCUACUGCUGCAUGGCUAGGGCUGUAGCUGGCAGAAAUCGAAAGUUAAGACUGGGGAGAGCUUGGUUCAAAUCUCCGCUCAGCUAUGAAGCUCGCUGGGUGACCUUGAGCCUGUUACAUGCUUUCUCUCCCUACCUCACAGGGUCGCUAUACAAUGGAUGGAAGGACAGACUCAUUGGUGAUGACUGUGCACUUGCUUGCCAAAUGUGGACACGCGUUGCCCUUGCAGCAAGCCCUCAAUCAGCUUCAAGAAUGGAUCUGCCUGGACGUGCGCCUCUUCCUUGUCUCGGAACGCACUUCUCCCAUUAAGUAUUAUGAGACGUACCGCCAGAGGAGCUCCAGGUUCCCUGGGACAUCUGUCCUACUUUUCCUGCAUGAGGACUUGGGGGAAGAGCGGAUUUUCCAAGUCCACGACUUUUUCCAGCGGCCGCCGUGGCAGAGAGUCCACCUGGAGAUUGCCAGCAGGAAGCUGUCCUCCCAUGCCCUUGACGGCCAGGACUUCUACGGGCUGGACGAGCACAUGCCCGUGUGGGGACUGAGGCAGGUUCAUUACGGCACGGAAAUCCUGCGCGUCACGCUCUACUGUAGCUUUGAUAACUACGCCGAUGCAGUGAGGCUCUACGAGACGAUCCUGCAGAAGGAAGCGACCGUGCAGAAAAGCAGCUUCUGUGCCUUCGUACUGUACGUGACGGAGAGCAUUGCGGUCCAGCUCUGCUUGAAGCAGCUGCCUCUGGGAAUAUGCGUUGACUCGAAGGAGUCUUCGGUGUUGCAGUUCAAGGUGCAUGAAAUCGGACAGCUGGUGCCGCUUCUGCCUAAUCCCUGCAUUCCUAUUAGCAGCACUAGGUGGCAAACCGAAGACUACGAAGGGAACAAGAUCCUGUUUCAGGUUCAAGGCAACUCAAAGCACACUGGGAAUCAAGACUCCUCUUCCAGCUGGCACAGCCAUGAACACGAGGAAGGGCCCCUUCACUACCCCUCCAGCCCAUCUCCACUGGCCAUAAGAAAAAUUGCAGUACAGCCCAAAAACCGGACAGUUCGAGCUAUGAAGAAUAAAAGCAAAUCCUCACGAGAAGUUUCAUAUGCUCCAGGAAGUGUUUGCAGUCACUCGCCAAGCAACUUUUGCUCUUCAUCCCAGUCAUAUAGACCAGCAGGUUCUCCUCUCCAGGGCUUAGGCCCUUCUCAAACGAACUUGGCCACUAAAUUGAGACAUUCCAGUCACGAACUCUGGCCUCGUCAAAGGGAGGAGGAGACUAAUGUUGACACAGGCAACAAAGUGAUCCUUUCCGAAUGCAGUGAUUCGCCACUAAAUAGAUUUUCACACGACAUACAGAAAGCGCUUCUUCAGUCUCAGGCAUCCUGCUGUUUGUUAACGGGAUCAGGCUCCACAAUCAGCUUGCACUCUGAGGGCAGAAACAAUCUGUUGUCAUCACAUAUUGCCAAGAGGAAUAAAGGAUCAGGACAGGUACCAUCAAGUUUUCCCUUGGGAGCACCUGAAACAAGCCGUGGAAAUGGAAAGGAUGAGGAAGAAGAAUUCUUUAUAUGACUUUUUAAGUAUAAAUCUUGUUCUAGAUUUUAUUUUAAGUGCCUUAUUUCUGAAAUAACACUAAAGAACUAUCUGUAUGCUGCACAACGACUCUGUCCUUGUGUAGAUACCCCAGCUGCCUAUACUACCUUUUAUGUUAGUGUUAAAAAAGAAAGGCUAAACGUAGUUUGCAAGAGAGCAAAUAAGGUUAUGGACUAGUGACUAAUGCUAGGAGUUUAAAAAGAAGAAGAGGACUGUUAGAAGUUUCACACACUGGAGGAAUACUGUGCAAUAGAUUGAAACAAGCCAUUCAUUUCAGUGCUCCACAAGCUCACUAGAAUUCAUUAGCAUCCUGGGAGAGAUGAACCUGUUCUGCUUCUAUGAGCUUUCAGCAUCCCUGUGCUGCCACCAGUUGGUGGCACAAUAUUUCCACAUUCUAGAGAGAUGCACUUAGCUAUGCAGAAGAACUUCGCACUCAUGUGACCAGAGAUCUGAAUUCAUACAACAGCAUCUCAUUUAAGAGUCUCUGGGGAGCUGAACGGCUCUAUUCCCAUGGUUUGCAUUUGGCUCCUCUUUGUGAGGGAGCAGCACACUUUGUGAUUAUGACUUUGCGCUAGGAGCCUUCCAGUCAUCAUGAUGCUGCAGUUUGCUAACGUAUGAAUUUUACAUGUUUGGUAGGUUGCGAAGUAUAUAAACUUCAUGUCACACAAUGUGAACUGAACGCUUUGGCUUUAGAGCUAGGAUUGCUAGGUAACAGAUUUAAGUGGCCUAGCUUGUGAAAUCCCCUUUCCCUUGUGUGUGCUUAGUCCCUGUUAAAAUCUGAAUGUAUGGGGCUUCUUUCUAGGAGAUCUCUUUGUUUUAUUAUACUUGGUAGUGUCCUAUAGCUGAUUCUUGCAUUGCAUGGUGACUAGAGAUAGAAUAACUCACUGGUCUGAGUUUGGGCUGUUCCUCUUGAUGGGGCUGCCCCUGUUUCCUCUCUCCCCUCCCCAUUGCGCUGUACUUACACAAGCUGUUCAAAACUGCUCUACUGCUUAUCUCUUGGAGUAUAUAUCCCGUGUCAUCUUUUUGGUUCCCCCGUGAACGCUAGGAAACACAAUGUCACUAUGAUAUUACUCCAGCUACUGAAUGAAUCCUGGCUGAGCCAAAGGUUUGCUUCUACUUUUUCUGGCUUCACUAAUUAUACUUUAUAGCCAGAUCUGGAGCGCAGGGAAACAGAUACCAGUCUCCUUGAAUGUGCUUUGACCCUAUCACAUUUCCAGCAUGUGUGUCAGAGGAGGAGUUGAAUGGGAUAUACUCUGUGGAAGUUAAGCCUUGCCUCAGGAACAUUAAGGUAUGCCAGUAUAUGAGUGUGUAGAAAAUCAUGACAUGUAUGGGUAGGUUAUGUUGGAUCUGCCUGGCUGGGGUAGGGAUUUGCACACCCAACCCUUUGGGUAGGUACCAGCGUUGGCUGUUUAUAAACAGCUGGUGGCUUUGGAGACCUCGACAGCAUGACUGGGGAAGGAGGUCUGUCCAAAAUGUUAACAAGCUGCUGCCAGCUGGGUAGGUGAUACUGAGCCUGGACUGAGCCACGAUUCGGCCUUAGUGCCAGGCAGCUUGCUUACAGCAGCGACCUGAGCAAAUGUGUUUUUCUCUGUCUAAUUAUGCAAUAAUUCUUGGCAUUGUUUUCAUAGCGUUCCCCAGCUGUGCCACAUUAAAAAAUAAUAAUGCAUUGUUGUCAUGUA